ACAGCCUAUAGACGCCACGAGUCGGCGGCGCUACCGAGGGGCUGUGGGCGCUGCAGCUGGAACUUCGGGCUGUCAGUGCGCUUCCAGCUCCUCACCCCGACCCCGCGCGCAGCCCGCACUAUGGCAGCCCCGCCGCAGCUGAGGGCUCUGCUCGUAGUCGUCAACGCACUGCUGCGCAAGCGCCGCUACCACGCUGCGUUGGCCGUGCUUAAGGGCUUCCGGAACGGGGCUGUCUAUGGAGCCAAAAUCCGGGCCCCUCACGCGCUUGUCAUGACCUUUCUCUUCCGGAAUGGCAGCCUCCAGGAGAAGCUGUGGGCCAUACUGCAGGCCACGUAUAUCCACUCCUGGAACCUGGCACGGUUUGUGUUCACCUACAAGGGUCUCCGUGCCCUGCAGUCCCGCAUACAAGGCAAGACCUACCCAGCACACGCAUUCCUGGCAGCCUUCCUCGGGGGUAUCCUGGUGUUUGGAGAAAACAAUAACAUCAACAGCCAGAUCAACAUGUACCUGUUGUCACGUGUCCUGUUUGCCCUGAGCCGCCUGGCUGUAGAGAAGGGCUACAUCCCUGAACCCAGGUGGGACCCGUUCCCGCUGCUCACUGCGGUGGUGUGGGGGCUGGUGCUGUGGCUCUUUGAAUAUCACCGAUCCACCUUGCAGCCCUCGCUGCAGUCCUCCAUGACCUACCUCUAUGAGGACAGCAAUGUAUGGCACGACAUCUCAGACUUCCUCAUCUAUAACAAGAGCCGCCCCUCCAAUUAAUACAGCCCUGAGGUGUCUAGCUGUGGCUCAAGAUUUGGCCCUGUGCAGACCCUCCCAAAGGACCUGCCUUCUCAAGAUCAUAGGCCUCAGACUCCAACUGGUGUUAUCCCAGGGUUCCGUUUGCCGAAGUAAAAACACUGAUUUUCAAAUCCCAGUGGGUACCUUUGUAUGGUGGCACAAGUGGCCGAAUCAGGCUGAGGAAUCUAGGGCUUGGUUCCAGCUGUGCAGCUGACUUCUGUGAGACUGGAGCCAGCCACACCACUCUUUAGGCCUCAAGGGUCAUGGAGCUCAGAGGAGGGCCCUGAGAUCUCUUUCCGGUGGGUAUGUUCAUUCUUCAACUGUUCUUAUGUCACAGAGGGCUCCUUGCUGGUGGGCAGUGGGUUGUAAAUACUUUUUAAAAAACACUAAGUUCCUCAUCUCAGAUGCUGUUCUAUUGGAGAGGUUCUAGAGUCCCACUGUCCAAUAGAAACACAUGAGCCAUAUAUGUAAUUAAAAUGUUUCUAGUAGCCACAUUACAAAAAAGUAGAAGGCUGGGCACUGUGGCUCACUCUUGUAAUCUCAGAACUUUGGGAGGCUGAGGUGGGUGGAUCACUUGAGCUCAGGAGCUUGAGACCAGCCUGGGCAACAUGGUGAAACCCAGUUUCUACAAAAAAUACAUAAAAUUAGCCGCAUUCCAUCACCCGUGGUUCCAGCUGAGGUGGGAGGAUCACUUGAGCCUGUGAGGUCGAGGCUACAGUGAGCAAAGAUCACGCCAUUGCACUCCAGCCUGGGCGACAGUGAGACGCUGUCUCACCAAAAAAAAAAAAAAAAAAAAAAGAUGAGAUUAAUCUUAACUAUAUAUUUUAACACAAAUUUCUAAAAGUUAUUUCAACAUAUAAUUAACAUCAUUAGAUAUUUUGUACUCUUUUUUGUAUUAAGUAUUCAAAAUUGGGUGUGUAUUUUGCCACCCACAUUUUCAGGACUCAGUAGCCACAUGUGGCUAGUGGCUGCUGUGACGGGCAACACAGAUAUAGAACGCUUGUAUCCUCACAGAAGAUUCUAGUGGACAGUGCAGAUCUAGAGCUAGAGGACAUGGGUUUGAGUCCCCACUCCCCACUGUGCAACCUUGGGGAAGGUUCUGGACCUCUCAGAGCCUCAAUUUAUCAUAAAAUGAAGAUAAUUGUAAUGCCCUGGUCCUCACUGGACUUGUGCAACUACCACUGCUGCUUUACUAAUUACUUUCAUUUAGUGCAUUCAUACUCCCACUUGGGUGUUUUCCACAUAUUAUUAUUAUUAAUUUUUUAAGUAGCGACAGGGUCUCGCUUUGUCAUUAGGGCUAGUCUCGACCUCCUAGCCUCAAGCAAUCUUCCUGCCUCAGUCUCCCAAAGUGCUAUGAUUACAGGCAUGAGCCACUGCCCCUAGCCUGCACAUAUUAUUUUUAAACCAUACGGUGGCCUUGCAAAUGUGUGUUUUGGUCCCCAUUUUACAGAUGUAGAAACUGAGGGUCAGGCCAGCUGUGGUGGCUCACGCCUGUAAUCCCAGCACUUUGGGAGGCUGAGGCAGGCAGAUAACCUGAGAUCAGGAGUUCUUGACCAGCCUGGCCAACAUGGUGAAACCCCAUCUCUACUAAAAAUACAAAAAUUAGCCAGGCAUAGUGGCACGUCCCUAUAAUCCCAGCUACUCGGGAGGCUGAGGCAGAAGAAUCGCUUGAACCUGGGAGGCAGAGGCUGCAGUGAGCUGAGGUGGCACCACUGCACUCCAGCCUGGGCCACAGAGCGAGACUGUGUCUAAGAAAGAAAAGAAGCCGGGCGCGGUGGCUCAAGCCUGUAAUCCCAGCACUUUGGGAGGCCGAGGUGGGCGGAUCACGAGGUCAGGAGAUCCAGACCAUCCUGGCUAACACGGUGAAACCCCGUCUCUACUAAAAAUACAAAAAAUUAGCCGGGCGUGUGGGCGGGCGCCUGUAGUCCCAGCUACUUGGGAGGCUGAGGCAGGAGAAUGGCGUGAACCCAGGAGGCGGAGCUUGCAGUGAGCUGAGAUCGCGCCACUGCACUCCAGCCUGGGCGACAGAGAAAGACUCCGUCUCAAAAAAAAAAAAAAGAAAGAAAAACGAAACUGAGAAUCAGAGAGGAAAGUAACUUGCCCAAGGUAAUACAACUAGUAUAACAGCCAAAUCAAGAUUUGAACUCAGAUUCGUCUGAUUUCAAAGCCCAUGUUUUUUCCAGUGCCUUGUUUCAAAUUUAGAAACCUAAGCCAUGCUAUGCAAAUGUUAGCUCAUUAUAGAAUAUGGGCCAGAAAGGGGUACAAAUUCAAAUGCCCACACGGGCCUACAAUGACACAGUGCUAUGCGAUAAGUGAUGGGGACAUGGGAAACUGGAGACUUGUGUGCCAGUCUGAUUUUUUCUUUUUUUUUUUUUUUGAGACGGAGUCUUGCUCUGUCGCCCAGACUGGAGUGCGGUGGAGCGAUCUUGGCUCACUGCAAGCCCCGCCUCCCAGGUUUACUUACGCCAUUCUCCUGCCUCAGCCUCCGGAGUAGCUGGGCGUACAAGUGCCCGCCACCACGCCCGGCUAAUUUUUUGUAUUUUUAGUAGAGAUGGGGUUUCACCAUGUUAGCCAGGAUGGUCUCAAUCUCCUGACCUCGUGAUCCACCCACCUUGGCCUCUCAAAAUGCUGGGAUUACAGGCAUGAAUCACCGCACCUGGCCAAGUCCGAUUUUUUCAAAACCACGAUCCUGGACCAGGCACGGUGGCUCGCACCUGUAAUCCCAGCACUUUGGGAGACUGAGGCAGGUGGAUCACCUGAGGUCAGGAGUUCAAGACCAGCCUGGCCAACAUGGAGAAAUCCUGUCUCUACUAAAAAUACAAAAAUUAGCUAGACAUGGUGGCGGGCACCUGUAAUCCCAGCUACUCGGGAGGCGGAGGUGGGAGAAUCUCUUGAACCUGGGGGGCUGCUGUGAGCCAAGAUCGUUCCAUUGCACUUCAGCCUGGGGGACAAAGUAAGACGCUGUCUCAAAAAAAAAAAAAAAAAAAAAACACAAUCCUGGACAAAUCAAACAAGUCUCCAGGAAAAUUUGAUCCAUGGGCUACCAAUUUGAGACCAUUGGUCUUGUAGAUAUACUUUCAUUAAUAUAUUUACUCCAUCAGUCUCUUUCUAUAUUUUAGAAGUUACUACUAGAAAUGUACACAGGAGUCACUGGAGACCUUAUUAAAAUGCAGCUUCUGAUUCAGUGAGCUGGGGUGGGGCCUGAGAGUCUGCAUUUCUCCCAGGCUCCCUGGUGAUGCUACUCUGAGUAACAAGGAGGUGGGGAAUGAUAUGGAGCCGUCCAUUAUCCCAUCUGACAAAUGAGUCACAGAGCCCUUAGGUAAUUGAGGUGGGAUCAGUCUGACUCUGUAAGCUGUGUUUUCAGCCACAACAUUUACUGCAAACUUGGAGUAGGUAAUUAUGAAGCUCCUUUAACUUGCUGUGGAGGUUGAAUGAGCUCUGGAGCAAGGGGUCCGCAACCCCGGUACCGGUCCAUGGCCUGUUCGGAACCGGGCCGCACAGCAGGAGUUGAAAGGUGGGCGAGCUAGCGAAGCUUCUUCUGUAUUUACAGCCACUCCCCACUGCUCACAUUACCACCUGAGCUCUGCCUUCUGUCAGAUCAGUGGUGGCGUUAGAGGCUCAUAGGAAUGCAAACCCUAUUGUGAACUGUGCAUGCAAGGGAUCUAGGUUGCAUGCUCCUUAUGAGAAUCUAAUGCCUGAUGAUCUGUUACUGUCUCCCGUCACCCCCGGAUGGGACCAUCUAGUUGCUGGAAAACAAACUCAGGGCUCCUAGUGAUUCCACAUUAUGGUGAGUUGUAUAAUUAUUUCAUUAUAUAUUACAAGGUAAUAAUAAUAGAAAUAAAAUCCACAGUAAAUGCAA